AGUAGAAAGGAAAAGCAAACAGAGGAGAUAAUAAGGGGAGGGAAAUGUGUGUGGCUACGGUGCAAAGGGGAAAAGAGAAUGAAUCCUUAAGAAGUAACAUUGUUAGCUGAAGAGUGAGAAAUGGAUCUGUCAUCUUAUGCCUCACCGGCAGCCAUUAUAGAAACAGUUGCUUCACAGCUAGCAUGCAGUCCAGUGGAUAAGGAAGUUGCUGUUCAGUUAGAUGAAGAAGAUGAACUAAAACACCUACGUGCAUGUUUUCAUAUUCCCAGAGUGAAGGAUCUGCCUCCAACCAAUCUAGCCUUAGUGCAUAAGAAUGAGACCUGCAUCUACUUUGCUGGGAACUCUCUUGGUCUUCAGCCAAAGAAAGUUAAGACUUACUUGGAUGAAGAACUUGACAAGUGGGCUAAACUGGGUGUUCAUGGUCAUUUCACUGGGAAACGACCUUGGGCUUUAGGGGAUGAGUGCAUUGUGGAGCUUGUGGCUGAUAUUGUGGGGGCUCAUAAAGAAGAGGUAGCAUUAAUGAACGGCUUGACAGUUAAUCUGCAUCUCCUAAUGUUAUCAUUCUUUAAGCCUACCUCAGAUCGCUAUAAAAUCCUUCUGGAAGCCAAUGCUUUCCCCUCCGACCAUUAUGCUGUUGAGUCUCAACUCCAAUUUCAUGGGCUAGAUAUGGAGAGCAGUAUGCUUAUGAUAGAACCACAAGAGGGGGAGGAGACCUUGAGAACUGAAGAUAUCCUUGAUGUAAUUGAGAAGGAAGGGGACUCUAUUGCCAUAAUUCUGUUCAGUGGUGUGCAGUACUACACAGGACAGCUGUUUGACAUCCCAAGAAUAACAAAGGCUGGUCAAGAGAAGGGUUGCUUUGUUGGAUUUGACCUGGCUCAUGCUGUAGGCAACGUAGAACUGCAUUUACACGAAUGGGGAGUAGACUUUGCCUGCUGGUGUUCCUAUAAGUACCUGAAUUCGGGAGCAGGAGGUCUAGCCGGUGCUUUCAUUCAUGACAAACAUUCCCAGACUGUAAAACCAACGCUGGUAGGAUGGUGGGGUCAUGACUUCAAAACCCGGUUUCUCAUGGAAAACAAAUUGCAACUGAGCCCUGGCAUCAAUGGAUUUCGACUAUCGAACCCUUCGAUUUUAUUGGUGUGCGCACUCCAUGCUAGUUUAGAGGUAUUUGGUAAAACUACAAUGAAACUCCUGAGAAGGAAAUCCAUUCUUCUGACUGGUUACUUGGAAUAUUUGAUAAAGCAUUACUAUAGUGAAGAUACAAAUGACCCUGAGCAGCCCUUUGUAAGAAUAAUCACACCUUCCCAAAUUGAAGAAAGAGGAUGCCAGCUCACACUGGUCUUCUCAGUUCCAAUUAAGGAUGUUUUUAAAGAGUUGGAAAAAAGAGGUGUCGCUUGUGACAUUCGGGAACCCAAUGCUCUCCGUGUUGCCCCAGUUCCGCUCUACAAUUCUUUCCAUGACGUGCACAGAUUUAUUGAAAUCCUGGGAUCUGCAAUGGCGUCUGCAAAGCAAAGAACAAACACUGCAGCACUUUCCUGAUCUUACUGACGGUGCAGCUAUACUUUUUAAUCUGUUACUAAGAUGCAUCAAUGCUUCUGAGCAAUUUUUGUUUGUUUGUUUCUGUUAGGCUGGGUUAUAUGUAUUCCACCCAUUUGCCCCAAAAGAUUAAUUUUGCUUGGAUAGUUAUUUACAAUAGAUACACUUUUUAUUAAAACUCAUUAUUUCUACUUAUUUGGGCUCCAUAAAUUAAUAUGGGUUAUGUAUUUUAAUAGGGUUAGUCUUUGCAUUCUAGAUACUUUCUUCAUUUAGAUAAUUCUGGUUUACUUCUGACAGGCGAAACAGAAAGACAGCUGCAAACCUAAUCUUUGUGUAAUGUCACUGUGUGGAAUAAGGCACCAUAUACAACUCUGUGGAUAUAACUUGCAUUGGAUUUUAAGCACAAUUUCUAUUAAAGGGAAUUUUAAUUUGCGCUGAAAUUGUAUUCAUAAACAUCUAAGUAGAAUUAAAGAAUUCACAAAUAA